GCCUAAUCUUAAAGUGGAUUUUAAAAGCCCGAAACGGGGCGAGCGAAAAGCUAAUUGAUAGCUAGUGCAGAGAACAGGAGCAGUGAUGUACAUCUCACCGAAUGAGCAUGGGAAUGCUAGCAGUCGAUCUCACUGUCCAGAGCGCACGAUUCGCUCUGGAUGCUACGGUCAGGCUCGGAAGCAAGGCGUUGGCAGAGCUAUAGAGUCAAUAUUGUGAUGCAAUGCACCAUGUUAGCCUACCUGCCCGGUAUGACGACGAAUCUGGACAAGAGCGCAUCUUCGUAUAUAAUGGGCCUCUGCCACCGUAGGACCGCUCCUUACUCAACCAUCCACCUGAAUCAUCAUAUACACCAUGGCACGCUUCUUUUUCCAAAUACUGCUUGCUGCCGCGAGCCUCGUCGCUGGCCAAAGCACAACGUGCCCAAAUGAGGUUGCCAUAUACAACCAGCAAGAUCGCACUAUGAGUGCGACCAGCAACUGGUUCCUUGUUCCGGUUCGCAAGGAUGCUGUCAUGAAGGCCCUCAAGGAGUCGUUCCCAAGCUUGGUCAACCUAAACGGACUAAAUCUGCUAUCUCUUCCCGAAGGGCUGAAAUUUCCUGAGGGCAUGCACCCCGUCAUCGUCAACGCCGGAGCCAACACCGAUAUUCGCCAGGGCGGCCUUCAGCUUGCUACAGGGUUGAUGGUCGCCAGCUCUAUGAUUCCCUAUGUCGGCGUCGGUAGCUCCAAGACACCACUCAAUGCGCCCCUUGUAUCGUACCUUGCCGGUGUGGACGAAGUAACCCAAGGUUACGUUGCCGGGCUUGUUCCAUCUCUAGUUGCUACUAUAGGCGGUAUUCAGACUAGAAUCGGCGCAUUUCUACCACUCAAUGCACCAUUCCAAUCAUACCGGGAUGGAUCUUUCGGCAUCAACUCGAAGUGGGCACAGGCACCCAAUCCUGCCAGCGGUCCUGGCCUGUACUCCGAGGCGUUCGAUCUCAAGUUCGUCAGCGAACCCAACCAAGCAGCGCCCAAAUAUUCUCUCGACAUGUGGAAAAGCAUGAUUAACCAGCCCUUCCUGCUUGGUAGCGUGGGAAGCCUCCUUUCACCCAAAUGCCAGCGCAAUGUCUACUUCUUCAAUAACAGCACCGCACAGCCAACUUACCGAUCGGGCAACGUAACUCUUGGUCCUUCAGCGGGUGCCGAUGUGUUCUCUGCUACCUUGCAAAAGGCCAGUCCAGAUGGUUCCGGAUUCUACAAGGGUGUUUAUGGCUUCACUGGCUGCGGGCAGGUUGUCGGAUAUGGCGCUGUUAUUCCGCUGGGCGAGGACUGCGAGGCUGCUGCUCAGGCCGUUAAGAACACCCCUGGAGCUUUGUAAGAGUACCUAACGCACUACCUGGAUAGGUAGAUAAGAACCAUGUGUCGAGUAAUGUGAGUAAUGUUAGCAAUGUACCCAGAAUGUCUCAGUUCCAGGUGUGAUAUUUCUCACAUGCUUCAGGAGUAAUGAAGAGACGGCGGCAGGACGUGGCACCUUUUUGCUGCAAGUCGUUACGUCAUUGCUGUCGCGUCCCCGAAAAUGGAGCGUUCACGGUGCGCACGCAUCUUUCUUCGACUCGCGAGCCGACACAUCGUCUUCGUGCGAGCAAUACGUGUUGAAGAUCUGUCAGCCGGAGAUUUAUCCGAACUGAGGUCUGGGAAUAACACCUCGAGGAGGCCGAGCAAUGAAUGUACUAUACCGUUCGAGGUUAGCGCAGCUGAUUAGUACGCAAAAUUUACGUCACAUCGACCGGAGAUACCCAACGAU